GUCGUUUAACAAUAUCUAUAAAAAAAAAACUAUGUUACACCAUUCUAGUAUUAAUUGAUAACUGGUUAUGUUUUUUGGAAACUGGAGUUUAACAAUUCAACAUCAAGCCCAUGUUUUGUAACUUACAUUAUUGCACUCCGGACAGUUAAUAUAUAUAAUUUAAAUGGUUUUUAAUUUUUCUUUUGGUUGUUGUAGAUGUGAAAUCCCACAGUGUGACAUAAACAAUACAACGUAUGACCCCGAAUGGUUAUCAAUAGCCGUGCCUUUAAAAGACUCUGUUAAUCAUGAACCUUAUAGAUGUAUCAGAUAUAAAUAUAAAUAUAGUUUUUCAUCAAAUAAGAUGGACAAUUUCACCUAUAAUAUGUGUACGCCGGAAUUCUUCAACAUUAACUUCACUGAAAAAUGUGACAUGUGGGUGUUUACCGAUACGGAAACCAUAGUAAACGAUUUUAAUAUCAUGUGUGAUGAGAAUAAAUGGAAACUCAGCAUGGUGGGAACUAUCAAUAGUAUGGGUCAGCUUAUUGGCAUUCCUAUAUCAGGGUUUAUUUCAGAUAAGUAUGGUCGAAAGUUUAUUAUGAUUAUUGGAUCAGUUUCAUCUACCAUAUUCGGCACAAUUCGAUCAUUCACAUACGAUUACUACUCAUUUAUUCUUUUCGAAUUUUUGGACUCUAUGAUUUCUAGCGGAGUAUAUGCAGCUACAUUUGUUCUAGGUCUGGAAUUAGUCAGUCCUAAAUCACGAGUGAUGGUCAGUAACCUGAUUUGUUGCUUCUAUCCGGUGGGUGCAGUUUUUAUGGGUUUUGCAGCAUAUAUGUUUCUCGACUGGAGGAUAAUUCUUAGGGUACUUUACUUGCCUGGCCUACUAAUAUUGGGAUGUAUUUGGUAUGUACCAGAAUCUAUGCGAUGGCUUCAAACACAAAAUAGAAUAGAAGAAAUGGCUGGUAUACUAUCCAAAAUUGCUAAAUCAAAUGGCAAAACAUUACCAUCCAGCGUUAAAGACGCACUUAUUAUUAAAGAUCAAACCACAGAAGCGACUAAAGAUAGCGAAUUGUCAUUUAUUAAAUUGAUGAAAGAAAUAUUUGAUUCGAAACAAAUUUUUUUACGGUUGAUCAACUGUUCGUUUUGUUGGGUUACCAUAACCUUAGUUUAUUAUGGUCUUUCGUUGACAUCUGUGGAAUUCAACGGUAACAAGUACUUAAACUUUAUGCUUAUAAACGUUAUAGAAGUACCGGCGUGUAUAACAUCCUGGUACUUUAUGGAACGUUUUUCCAGAAGAAAAACCCAAGCGUUUACAUUCUUUUUUAGCGGCAUCGGUUGUAUUUUAGUUAUAAUUCCUUCGAAUUUACCAGGGUUUCAACUGUUGUCGUUUUUGGGCAGUAAGUAUGCCAUUAGCAUGGCGUUUAAUUCUAUGUACGUGUAUACCGCGGAAAUGUUUCCCACUGAGCUACGCAUGUCUUUAUUUGGUAUAACGUCAAUGUUCGGACGAUUGGGUUCCAUGUUGGCUCCGCAAAUGUCAUUAUUGGCCAACUAUUUUGGAAACUACGUACCAAUUUUAUUGUUUGGAAUGAUGUCUUUUAUAUCUGGAGCUAUUUCGUUUUUGUUCCCUGAAACAAAAGAUCAAAAACUACCAGAUACAAUAAAGCAAGUUCAGUUAGUUGAAGAGAACUAAAAUUACUCUUCAACUAGUAAAUUCAAUAAGGUGGUACCAUGGGAUUAAAU